GUGCUUGCUAAAGUGCUAAAGUGCUCGGAGGGUAUUUCACGUGAUGAUCGCCGCUUCACCCAGAAUACUAAAGGUUUUGAGUUCAAGCUUUCUAGACCCCACCCCCACAUCCCUAGGACACCGACCUUUUUACCUACCUACACAUCUCCUGAGUCAGGAUUGGCGAUCAAACCACAAGCAAGAUGUCGCACGCAAGAAUUGAAGAGGUCGAAGACAGCGACAAUGAAUAUGGCGCCAGUGAUCCAUCUGAAGGCGACAUCUCAGAUGUGGCCUCGGAUUUCUCAGACCGUGAUAUUAUCAAGAAGAGGACACCGGCAGCACCGCCAGCUACAAAACGCGCACCACCCCCCAAUGCCCAAUCUUCUCAAAUGAACCCAGCGAACAUUCCAUUUUCUGGCUCUCAAAUUACCACCGGCGCAGAUGGCACACAAUUUCGCUCGACAGAAGACAGCUCCAAAUACAAAGAUUUUCAAUGCAUCUAUCCCAUAUACUUCGAUGCUACCAGAAGCCGAGCAGAAGGUAGAAGAGUCGGUAUGGAAUUGGCUGUCAAGAAUCCCGUCGCCCGAGAAAUUGUUGCUGCAUGCUCUAGACUUCGAAUUGAAACACUAUUUGAGCCAGUCAAGACUCAUCCCAAGGAUUGGGCAAAUCCAGGUCGAGUUAAGGUCAAUAUUAGAGGGGGAAACACAACCAUCAAGAAUAAGCACCACCUCUACACAAUGAUCGCGAAACAUCUGAAAGAAAACCCAACCACAGAACGAACAGCCAUGCAACCCCAACUUGCUGGUAUACCACCACCUGAUCCUAGCAAACCAUUACCCAGACCUGCAGUGCCAAAAGGAUGGAAGAUGGGAGAAAUACUGCCAUACUAUAGUGCAGCAUUAUCUGGCGGCGGUAUUAGUGAGAACCUGUUCAAGGAUAUGUUGGCUGAAAUGGGAGGGCAAAUGCCUGGAAUGGCUGGAAUGAUGGAUGGACCAUCGAGUAGCGCGGCCUCGGAAUCAAAGAAGAAGGACAAGAAGAAGAAGAUCAAGGGUUGAAAUAUCUCAUCUUGCUAUGGGGGAUGGCAUCUAACAAAAUAUUUGGAGGUUAAAGCGCAACAGCUUUUGAUCUCUUACAACACAAGAGCAAUCUGGGCUCGCAUCCGCAAGGGAAGCCUUUUGGUAGCAAAGGUAGUCAUCCAGCAGGAGCCAUUAUAUAUCCGUCUUGCGACUGGAGCAUAGUCAAUUAUAAUUCAUCCUGUUAUUCAUAAGUCUGUGGCUAUCAUGUUUAUGUUGGCAACCGAGAACUUCUGUCGUACCAUCAAGUUUUAAAAUCUCUACAGAAUCAAUGUUCCCAUAUCCCUA